CGAAAGCCCGACAACCGAGUUGAAGUUAGAAAACCCAAAAACAAUCACAAAUUCGAAGAAUUCGACCCUACACCUUUAGUACGAGUUGUUGGGUUCACCCCGGGAUCGCGUAAGACUCCGCCCUCAUCCUCCAACUUCAACCGGCAAAAAGCUCUAACGCAAAGCACGGCAAAGCAGCUCGAGUGGCGACUUUCUACCGCUACAGACUACGAGCCUGUGCCAGUCGCGGCCGGCGGCGCAAUUCCCAAGUGUGAAAACCCCGCCGCAGCCAGCUGCAAUUAA